AAUGGGAAAAUCCGAGAAAGAAAACCUUACUACCAUUUUGCAUAAACAGCUAGAAGAAAUGCAGGAGGCUUUCCAGGUUUUGGAAAGUAAACCUCGUUCAUCUCUUGAGAAAGUAGAUUGGGAGAAAGUGAUAAACAUAGCGGAGCAAUUAUCAAAAAAAAAAAAAACAGUUGCUGGAUUGCGUUGGAUUGUAGAAGCACCAGACUGUGAAGAGUUGGAGGAGAACAUGAAGAUACACUUUAGCAUGCUGCGGGAAUUUCUCUUGCUAGCACACAGGAGAAUUCUUGAUGAAGAUCGUAAACUCUCGAUCCAACAGCUAGCAGAUUCUGUCUGGGAAGCAUGUGCAUUUCUCAAGAAAAUUCCUACCACAAACCACGCAGCCAUUGCACGAGAAAUAACAUGGCUUGCAAAAUCCAUGGAGGGUGCAUUGCGUCAAUUAAAAAGAGAUUUGAAACCAGCUCCAUUUGAAGAUCUGGCAAAUGAUAAUACUACUGAUGAAUUAACAACCGAUCUGAAUGAAAAAAAUGAUGACGAUUACGUUGAUAAUGGAUCAUUUGAGGGUGGUGAGAUUGGAAAUGGCCUCUCACCUGAUGAGAUGAAAAUGGCAGAAUCGGCUGAGCUUGGUGUAGAUUUAUACCCACCACAAGUGGUUACUGCAUUGAAGCUGGAUGUCCAUGAAACUUCAGAUGAAGUCAGCAAACUUGAAGCAGAUGUACGUCAAUUUGAGGACGCUUCCUGUGAUAGUUUCUUCCAAGCUUGCGAAUGUUCACUGAGAAAUAUGAAGACUGAAUUGUAUUCAUUGGAACCAGUACCAUUAGAAAGUGAAUUGCAGAAUAUGUCUGUCAGUAUCUGGCAUGCCGAUGAGUACUCAACAAUUUAA